AUGCCACCCGGCCACCCUGCCACCAUGCCAACCUGCCACCCUGCCACCCUGCGACCGUGCCACCCUGCCACCGUGCCACCGUGUCACCUUACCACCAUGGCACCGCGCCACCCUGCCACCCUGCCAUCGUGCCACCAUGCCACCAUGCCACCAUGCCACCAUGCCACCCUGCCAUCGUGCCACCAUGCCACAUGUCACCUUGCCACCAUGCCACCCUGCCACCGUGUCACCUUGCCACCAUGCCACCAUGCCACCGCGCCACCCUGCCACCCUGCCAUCGUGCCACCAUGCCACCCUGCCACCGUACCACCGUGCCACCGUGCCACCGUGCCACCGUGCCACCCUGCCACCAUGCCACCCUGCCAUCAUGCCACCCUGCCACUGUGCAACCCUGCCAUCAUGCCAUCGUGCCACCGUGCCACCCUGCCACCAUGCCACCCUGCCAUCAUGCCACCCUGCCUAGUACUUCACCACACUUCCCCCCUGAGUUGA